AUGGUGAAGACCUUUCAGGCGUACCUGCCCAACUGCCACCGCACCUACAGCUGCGUCCACUGCCGCGCUCAUCUGGCCAACCACGAUGAGCUCAUCUCCAAGUCAUUUCAGGGCAGCCAGGGAAGGGCCUACCUCUUUAACUCGGUUGUCAACGUCGGUUGUGGCACCGCCGAGGAGCGAGUUCUCCUCACGGGACUGCACGCAGUGGCGGACAUUUUCUGCGAGUGCUGCAAGACUACCCUCGGCUGGAAAUACGAGCAUGCCUUUGAGAACAGUCAGAAGUACAAGGAGGGCAAGUACAUUAUCGAGCUGGCGCACAUGAUCAAGGACAACGGCUGGGAGGACGAUCCAAAGGACGAGGAGAAGCGACGCUAA